AGAUACAUGGCCAUCGGUGGCUACGUCGGCGCCGCUACCGUGGGUGCGGCUUCCUGGUGGUUCAUGUACUCGCCCUUCGGCCCGCAGAUGACCUACUGGCAGCUCACUCACCACUUGCAGUGCCUGAGCGGCGGCGAUGAGUUCAAGGGUAUCGACUGCAAGAUCUUCACGGACCCCCACCCCAUGACGAUGGCGCUAUCAGUACUGGUCACCAUCGAGAUGCUGAACGCCAUGAACAGCUUGUCGGAGAACCAGUCGCUGGUCACCAUGCCGCCCUGGUCCAACCUGUGGCUCGUCGGCUCCAUGGCGCUGUCCUUCACACUCCACUUCGUCAUUCUUUACGUCGAGGUUCUCUCGGCCGUGUUCCAGGUGACGCCGCUGUCGGUGGACGAGUGGAUGACGGUGAUGAAGUUCUCGAUACCCGUGGUGCUGCUCGACGAAGUGCUCAAGUUCGUCGCGCGCAAGAUCUCCGAUGCCCAGCCGACGUGGAAGAUGUAAGCGCCGGGACACCGUCGCAGCGGCACUGCACGCACACAUAUUCCAUGAACUCAUUGUUUGUUGUGAUCCCGCAGUGAAACUACACAUUAAGUAAACGACACGGUUGUGAUCUCCAUAAUCUCGUAAGUUCGGACGGCAUCUCCCGCUCGCCCGAACGCAACACUAACGCUCUCGUUGUUUUACAGCGAACGAGGUGGUCAUUGACAAGUGGUAAACGCCACCGAGUCAAAGUUCCUCAUCCGCUACUCUCUGCUACUUCUACCGCUCUCGCCCCGAUGUUAUAACCGAUUGGCUUUUAGUUGGUAAUUCGCGCCAGAGCCCGCUGGCGCGGCGAGACGCCACCUGCACCCGCGCCACCAGCCAGAGAGGACUUUGUUGUUCAUAAUGUGUAUAUACUACAGUAUGCUUAGGAGGUUUAAUCAUUGUUAAAUUACAUUGUUCUAAUUAAAGACUACAUGGUGCCCGUCGACAGAAGCAGUGCGAUAGACGAUGUGUACUUAAGUUGACAGCACUCCUAUAUUUAAUUUAUUGUUAUAUUUUUAUUCUCUUUUUAAUCUAGUUUGCUUAUAUAGAGCCGAGUCUGUUUCUAUUAGUGCUGACGCCUCGACGAGCAAUAUGGUGUCUGUAAGGGAAGGAUAAACAUAACUGUCCAGUGUUUGGGACGUAAUCGAGUCCAAAAAUUUAAACAUACCUGUACAUUUUAAUGUAUUAUUGUUUUGUACAAUAAAUCGUUAUAAAACGA